UAAAAAGUAGUUAUAUAUAUGAUACACUAUUUGUUCUCUUUCAUUAACUAGAAAAUUAAAUAUAAUUUUAGCCAUUAUACAGUAAAAGUGAAUACUGUGUAGAUUGUAACUGAUAAACACUCAAAUGAUUGACCGUUUAAAUUAUCGCAUUUAUUUAUUCUUACAACUAAAAUCUCAAAUUUUAUGAAUAUGGCCAAAAUGAAAACUGUAUAUGAGAGAUCAAAAUAGAGAUUUUACUUUUUUUUCUUAAGAGAAUAGAAAUAAAUAUAAAAAAUAAAUUAUUGAAAUUUAAUAACAGUUAAAAUACAUUACUUAUGUGUUAAAUUUUAUAACCAGGUUUCCAAGUUGACCAUAGUCACCGAUUUUACCGAUUUUUAGUAGAUUUUACUGAGUUUUCUCAAAUUCAAAUUUUAUACCAAUCCAAACUCAGAUUAUUCAACGAGAUGAACAAAAAAAUAAAAAUCACUUCAUUUAUGGAAUAAUCUUUUAUUUUUUUGUUCAAUCUCUAUUUUUUACUCCAUUUUGGAGUAAAUUAAAGAAUCAGGAUGAAGAUGUUCUAAUUAGGCAUGGGCGUUUGGGUAUUCAUUGGCGUUGGGAUCGGGUUUUUCGGAUUUCGGUUCUUUUUGAUAACACCUCCUAGGUCUCAUUCAAGUAAAUUUGCAAGUAUGAGUCAGGUUCGGAUAUAACACAUCGGGUUCGGAUCGGUUUGUAUCACAUCAUAGAACUCAUAAAAUAACCAUAUAUCAUUCGGAUUCGGGUUAUAUCAGAUCGGUUCGGAUAUACCCGAAAUAAAAUCUAAAAAUUAAAAGCAAAACAUAAGAAAUAUAUACUUAUUUAUACUCCCUCCGUUUUUUAAAUAAGUCGUUUUAGAAUUGUGCACAUUGAUUAAGAAAUCAUUAAUUUUAUAUAUUUCCUUAACAAAAACAUCAUUAAUUAUUUACCUAACCACAAAUCAACCAAUAAUAAAAUAGAAGGUAUAUUAUCAUUGGUCAUAUACCAUUAAGUAUUAAUAAAUUUUACAUAGAAAACCGAAAACGUCAUAUAAUUUGGAACAUAAAAAUUUCUCUAAAAUGACUUAUAUUAAAAAAAACGGAGGGAGUAUAUAAUUAAGUAUUUAAUGUAGUUAUUUAAAUUUUAAAUACUUAUUGUUAGAUACCAUAUCAAAAUAAAUAUUAAAUUGAAUAUCUGAAAUGUGAAGAUCGCACCAAUCUUGAACUGAUUAGAACUUCUAUUCUACGGAGCACACAGUCGAUCUGUUCACCCGGUGUUCACAGCACCACCACCGUUAACUAGGUGUGUGGCCGCUAUACUUCACCGGAGCUGGGAUUGAACCAGCAAUUUACUAUCUUGAACGAAUGAUCUCACACUCGAGUCACCGUCUCUACAGCUCAAUCUCACGGACUAACUCUCUUGUUAAUCUCGCAUCAACUGAUCUAACAACUCCUAAUCAGCUAUGCUUAUUAACUCUUAACUACAGCUAACAGACUCUUAUAACUCGAGUUAGUUAACCUGAACAUGUGUACAUAUCACACGCGUAUCUCCUAGCUAAAGAGAGAGGUCCGGUUCAUUCUCAAUUACAAGCUUAAACCAUUCUAAACCAAGUCUAAUCUAAACUAAGCAAUUGAACCUAAACCGAUACAAUAUUUGUCUAUAACCAACAUGAAGUAUAUAUUCAUGUUUGAUAUAAUUACAUUGUAUAUUAGUUUGGACAUUCAAACCGGUUUCUUCAGAUAUCUUUUUGGAUUUUUUGGUUUUUUCGGUUUUUCGGGUUAGUCGUUCGGGUUCGGUUAAUAACACUUCGAGUUCGGAUAUGUUUUGUACCACCUUACAAGAUCCAUUCAGAUAUUUUUUACAUUUUGGACCGAGUGCGGAUCGGAUUUUUCUGUUCGGGUUUGGUUCGGAUUUCGGAUUAUGGAUUUUAUGCCCAUGCGUAAUUCUAAUGCGGGAUAAAAAUAAAACUACAAGAGAAUAAAAACAAACAUGAAAAAUCAAUUCUAUAUAACAAAUGAAUUAUUGAAGAUUGAGCAAAUAAUGAAUGACAAUUUGUUUCACCAUGAAAAAACUCACCUAAAUUUGUUUCAUAUGUAGAUGUAGUUAUUGUUGUAAAAAAAAGUUAGUUGAUAAACUUUGAGUUGAUUCUUGUUAAUUUUGGGAUUCUGAUUGCUAAAAUUUAUUCAUAAAAUUAAUGUCAAAAUCAUUCAACUCUUUUCACAACCUUUUUCACAGUGAAAAUCAAUAAACAUAGUUAACACUAAAUUUUAAUUUAUCACUUUAAAUCUUUUCAAUAACAAUAGAUUUUAAACUCUUUUAAUAAAGAUAUUAUAAAUACAAAAACUAAUAACAAUAGAUUUUAAACGUUUACAAUAAUUUGUUUAAUACAAAAUCAAUAACACUAAAUAUAUAAAAAAGGAAUUUAAAUCAACCAUUAAAUAACAUUAGAUUUUUUGGAAUGUAAAGUCUAUCCAAAUCCAACGAACAUCUUUAUUUGAACAUCUUUUUUUUAUGAAAGUCUAUCUACUCGUAUCUCAAAUGAGAUGUUUCGAGAUGAGAGGUUUCCAAAAUUUUGAAAUUGUAACUGAGUCAAUCAAGACCAAAAUACAUUAAUUUGUUUCCAAAUUGUAGUAAAUUAUACCAGAAAUAAAUUUAUAACUGUCGCCAAAAUAAAUAAAUUUGUAACUCCAAAGUAAAGCAUUAAAUUAACAUUUACACGGCGAUGUACAAUUAUAUAAAUAUACUACUACGUACAUAUCAAAUAAAUGCAUUCAACGUAAGGUUAAUCAUCCCAUCCCUUCGAAUAGAUUUACAUUUAAAUAGGGAACAAAGUUUAAUCGAACAACCCAUUCCAUAUAAUUUUCAUUAGCAAUGGCUCUCUAUGAUAAGUCGCAUAGCAUUUUCAUGAUUAUGAUCUCAUUUUAUAGUCUUUAUACUAUUUUUGCAUCAGUGUUAGAUGUCUCAAAUGCUGUGCAGGAAACAUCAACAUCAGGAUCUGCAGGCGUUGACGGCUUCUGGCCUCUAGCACCAAAGCAUGUCAUAAUCAACAACACUGUACAGAGCAAGCAAACUCUGAAUGUACAUUGCAAAUCUAGUGAAGAUGACUUGGGGUUGAUCCAUAUCCCUUGGAACCAAACCUGGGGUUUCAAAUUUCAUGUUAACGUUUUCAAAACUACGAAGUUUAGAUGCCAUUUUACGUGGGGUAUAGGCGAAUCUCACGAAUUUAAUAUAUUUACGGUAGCAAGAGACGACGACAAUUUUGGAGAUUAUGAAGUCUGUAAAGUAUGUAUUUGGGAGGUGGGAAGAGACAAUAAAGGGAAAGCUAUGUGUCGAGUAAAUCGAGAUGAAUUGAAUCAUCCUGUUUGUUUCCCUUGGGACGAUAAAGUUAUUUUGUAAGAAGGAGAAGAUUAUUGUUGUUACUCUAUAUCUAAUAUAAAAAGUGUUAUAAUCGUAAUAGAUUAUUUUAAAAUAAUACCAUUCAUAUUGUCCGAAUGCUUAAAAAUCCUUUCCUUUGAAAACACAAAGAAAGUAGUGUUCAUAUAUUGAAUAUACUAGAAAUAAUAAUUUUAAAUAUAAUACUAUUUAUUUUAAAAUAUUUUUUUAAUUUAGAUUUUGGCAUUAUUCUUUUAUAUUUUAACUUCAUCAAUUUGAAAAAAUAAAACCAUAAAUAUAUUUUUCUAGCGUUGCUCUUUUAAUUUGGUUUAUUAUUUCAAUUUAAUUUAUUUAAAUUUUAAUAAAGUUAACAUUUUAUAAAAAUAUUUUUUUGUAUUAAUUUUGCAUUUAAAGUUUAUUUAUUUUAAGUAUGUCUCUUAUCACUAGUUUUAAAUAUGUCAAUAUCUAAAUAUAAAUUCAAAUAAAAUUGGAUAUUUUUUUGUUUUAGUUAAAAUAUACUAAACUGGUAAAAAAUAAAUUUUUAUUUAAUCGUGUGAAGAGAAAAAAAUAAAUUAAAUUUUAGUCAUUGAAAUAUCAACAAAUUUUCAUUUGAUUAGAAUUACUUUAGUUUUGUAUUUGUUAAUACACACUUACAAUUAAUUUUGAUGAAUAUAUAUAUUUGUACAGAAGAUAUUAUAUAUGUUGAUGUAAAAAUUAUAUUUUUAAUUAUGUUUAAUUUUUUAUUAAUGUGAUAUAUACAUUAUAUAUAUAUAUAUAUAUUGUUUCAGUUGUGAUAUAUCAAUUAUUAAUUUUUUAAUGCUGAUUUAUUAUGAAGUUAAAAUUGUAAUUUAUUAGAUGUUAUCAUAUUUAAAAAAUAUUGCCAAAAACAUAAACUUUCUCGAAUAAGCCUCAUUGCAUAUAAUGUUUAUGAUCACAAUUUUUAUUCUUACUCUUUUUGCAUAAUGUUCGAAUGCCCAAAAGCCUUCGUUUGAAGUUUUUAUAUAUCUACAUAAGCAGACUAAAUUUUUAGUACAUACACCAAACAAAAAAAAAGAUGAAGGGAAUCAACCACAUUAUAUUACACUUUUUUUUGUUAACACAUUAAAAUUUCAAAUAAAAACUACUUUGUUCAUCGCUCCAAUUGGGUGCUACUAUUACCAGAAUCAGUUCUAGGUUUGGCCGGGUGAAAGAUUCGGUUCAACUCUAAUUUCUAAAGAACUACAUUAUACAUUAGAUAGUAUGGUUUUUAACUUUUUAUAUUAUUAAAUUUUUUUAUCAUUCUAAUCCAAAAAAUGUUUAUAGUCCCGUAAAUCUAAGAUCCAUUCCCGACUACCCCUUGUUUAAAUUCAACGAAGGUUGACUGACUCUCAAACUAUAUAUUCAUCUCUAUGCUCCGCUCUGCUCAAGAAUCAGUGUGUUAGGAUCUAGCUGCAUAACGAAUGUGAUCCAUUUGUUUUUGCCCCAAUAAGUCUUGAUACGACAACAACCAUCACCAUCAACCACAAAAAAAAUUCAUGUAAGCACUUUUUGGAGAAAAAAAACAAGCAAGAACACGAUGAAGCAAAGCAUGUAAGGCAUGUGAAAUCCUAUAGUGAGGCACUGAGGUAGCCUUUCAGUAUGGUCGGAGACAUGAGAUCGAGCGUUGCGUUGAUGCUGCCCAAACAAAUCUCGCUGCAGAUGCAACUCGCGUCUUCACGACAACCUAGGAACUAGGAAGUGACGAUUGCUAUGAUCUCUUCUUGAACGGUGUAUCAACCUUGUCUUUCUUGCUUCUUCCACACGUAAGGGACAUGCGGUCUCAGUUUCACCGGUGUAAUAUGAACUAUAAAAUUAUAAUUUUAAUUACCUCGCAUAGUUCUGGAAAAAAAAAAAAAAAAAAAAAAAAAAA